AUGCUUGCUUCUCGCAUUUCUCGCGCGCUCCCGCGCACUGCUUUCGCCCGCACCCCUGCCAGCAGAAUCCCCGGUGCAUCGUUCCGGAGAUGGAACUCGACAGAGGGUGGCGAGGAGAAGGUUAAGGGCCAGGUCAUCGGUAUUGACCUUGGUACCACCAACUCUGCCGUUGCCGUGAUGGAGGGCAAGGCUCCCAAGAUCAUUGAGAACUCCGAAGGUGCCCGUACCACCCCCUCGGUCGUUGGUUUCGCCCAGGAUGGCGAGCGGUUAGUCGGUAUUGCCGCUAAGCGUCAGGCCGUGGUCAAUCCCGAGAACACUCUGUUCGCUACCAAGCGUCUCAUCGGUCGCAAGUUCACCGAUGCUGAGGUUCAGCGUGACAUUAAGGAGGUCCCCUACAAGAUUGUCCAGCACACCAACGGCGAUGCCUGGGUUGAGGCCCGUGGCCAGAAGUACUCGCCCUCGCAGAUCGGUGGUUUCGUCCUCAACAAGAUGAAGGAGACUGCCGAGUCCUACCUCAGCAAGCCCGUUAAAAACGCCGUCGUGACUGUGCCCGCGUACUUCAACGACUCGCAGCGUCAGGCCACCAAGGAUGCUGGUCAGAUCGCUGGUCUGAACGUCCUGCGUGUUGUUAACGAGCCUACCGCAGCUGCCCUUGCCUACGGUCUGGAGAAGGAGAACGACCGUGUGGUCGCCGUGUAUGACCUGGGUGGUGGCACCUUCGAUAUCUCGGUCCUCGAGAUCCAGAAGGGUGUGUUCGAGGUUAAGUCGACCAACGGUGACACCCACCUUGGUGGUGAGGACUUCGAUAUCAACCUGGUCCGCCACAUCGUGGAGCAGUUCAAGAAGGAGUCUGGCCUGGACCUCUCUGGUGACCGCAUGGCCAUCCAGCGUAUCCGUGAGGCCGCUGAGAAGGCCAAGAUCGAGCUGUCGUCUUCGCUCCAGACUGAGAUCAACCUGCCCUUCAUCACUGCCGAUGCCUCCGGUGCCAAGCACAUCAACUUGAAGAUGACUCGCGCUCAGCUCGAGUCUCUGGUUGACCCCCUGAUCAACCGCACUAUCGACCCCGUGCGCAAGGCCCUGAAGGAUGCCAACCUCUCGUCCAGCGAGAUCCAGGACAUCAUCCUGGUCGGUGGUAUGACCCGUAUGCCCAAGGUUACCGAGUCGGUCAAGUCUAUCUUCGGCCGUGACGCCGCCAAGUCGGUCAACCCUGACGAGGCCGUCGCCAUUGGUGCCGCCAUCCAGGGUGCCGUCCUGGCUGGUGAGGUUACUGACGUCCUGCUGCUCGAUGUUACUCCCCUUUCCCUCGGUAUCGAGACCCUGGGCGGUGUCUUCACCCGCCUGAUCAACCGUAACACCACCAUCCCCACCAAGAAAUCUCAGACCUUCUCUACCGCUGCCGACUUCCAGACUGCCGUGGAGAUCAAGGUCUACCAGGGUGAGCGUGAGCUCGUCAAGGACAACAAGAUGCUGGGCAACUUCCAGUUGGUCGAGGUUACCUUCGACAUUGACGCCGACUCCAUUGUCCACGUCCACGCCAAGGACAAGUCCACCAACAAGGACCAGUCCAUCACCAUCGCUUCUGGCUCCGGUCUGUCUGACGCUGAGAUCCAGUCGAUGGUUGAUGACGCCGAGAAGUAUGGUGAGCAGGACAAGGAGCGCAAGUCCGCCAUUGAGGCUGCCAACCGCGCCGACAGCGUCCUGAACGACACCGAGAAGGCUCUCAAGGACUUCGAGGACCGUCUGGACAAGGCUGAGGCCGACCAGAUCCGCGAGAAGAUUGCCGCUCUCCGUGAGUUCGUUGUCAAGAAUCAGUCUGGCGAGGGCACCGCUACCGCCGAGGAGCUGAAGCAGAAGACCGACGAGCUCCAGACUGCUAGCUUGAGCCUGUUCGACAAGAUGCACAAGGCUCAGUCCGAGCAGCAGCAGCAGCAGCCCGGUGGCGAGCAGCAGGGUGAGAACAAGCAGUAA